AAAAUCUCCCACUACUUGCUCUUACGUACCUGCCCUUUUCCUAACCGUAUAGCGAGGUCCUGAUUGUCCAAGUCACACUAUUGCGCAUGCACCUGGCAACCGUGGCAAGCAUUGAUUCGGCUCGGAGUGCCUUCUAAGCUCAGACCUUCGCGAUUCGAGUUCAACCCAGCCUACGAUCUCGCCUUCGGCUGCUGAAAAGCCUGCGUCUGUACCGCGUGCACCCCCAGCCUGUCAACAUUGCCACUGUUACGGUACAUUGGCCAGCCAUGUGUCAAGCCGUCAGAUAAGGAAUCCUGUACGGAUAUAUCCGCGCUUCGGCACUCGUUGGGAGGCGUAUAACACAGCAGCAACAACGGCAACGCAAAUCCUCUCGGAGUAGCUGCUGGGAGUAGCAGCAACAAAGGUUGCUACAAUGGCAGCGGUGGGUGCUGCUACAGCCCCUUCCGCAGCUCAGGGGGAGUUGGUUAGGGAGCAGCAUCAUGCGGACUCCGGUAGCAGCAUCAGCAACAACGGUAGCGCUUGGAGCAAGGGGUUGGAUCACAACUCAGUGGUCAUUAUCCUCACAAUGACCAUUGUUGGAGGUACGCUGCUGCUGCUGGUGUGCGCUGCGCUGUUGCUCUGGAGGCACCGCCGGCGCUCCUUCUCAGUCGACUCAGACGCGCUCAGCGAGGCACAGGCCCGUCACGGAGUCGUCGUCAUCGGUCUCUCAGAGCCCACCGGAAAAUCUCACGCCGCCUUCAAAGCAACUGGCAGCGGCCUCAGCAGCCAUGCGCCUGGCCCCUGGCACGGUAACCUGUCAGCCAGCAGCUGCAGCCUUAAGGCCGUGGAUAGCUCGGGAUCGGGGCCGGAAGGCUUCUCGCUCCAUGUGAACUGCCUAGCGGAGGCCCAGCGGGCGAGUGCAGUGGCGACGGUAACGAUUACGACAACAGGAGGAGCAGCAGCUGUGGGGAGAUACGGUAGAGAUACAGCGGUGGCUAUCGGCGCGCGAGAUCUGGGGUAGAGGUAGCGGUAGCUAUUGUGGAAUGUCCUCACAGCGACAGGGAUAGCAGCAGGAGCAGGAGUAGGAGCAGCAGUAGGAGCAGCAGUAGGAGCAGCAGGAGUAGAAAGUAAGGGCCUGGGACUGGAGUGGCAGCGGUUAGCUGGGAACGCGUCACUGCAUGCGUGAUGAAGUUAAUAGUCCUAUUCCUUGAUCACCUUUCAUUGUAGGCCGCCAUCCGCGCUGCUGUCCGGGUUGCCGCGUUUCUACCAGCAUGUUGCAUGGCAAUCUCGAAGGAAAGGAUUGGCUAUCACGUCUAAAGCGACGUUGCGUACAAAGGUGAUGUCAUGUGUUAGUCGUUCGGUGUUUCCUAAUGAUCGCACCAAGUGUCAUGGGCCCAUGGAGCAAUGGAAAGGCGGUUCAGGCAACUCCCCGUAACCACCACUAUCCUUUUGCAGCCAUGGUCACAGGGGCCGACAGUCUAAUGUUAGGAGUGCGGGAACCGAAAUGCGUGCACAGAAUAUCCCACCCAUUGACGGACCACCGAGUACCAUGUCGUAACGGUGUCGUAACGGUUGUGCCGGUUGCACGGCUCGCUUAAUUUCGCGUUGUCUGUGUGUUUUACAAUGUCAUACAAUGCCAUACAAAAAUCUUUGGUCGUCGAGCACCCAGAGUUUCAGUGCGGCAGGUGCCGUAGCGAAGUGUUUUAAGUAUGUUUCGGAGGCUGCUGCCUAAAUCGUGGCUAGCCCCUCCUCGCAAUACGUGGCUUUCGGCUGAGACAAAGAGUGUGGGUGUACUACCGGAACCAAUACUUGGGCUGGAAUGUCUGGGGGUGUUCCCGCGUGCGCAUACCGUAAUAAGUGCUGGGUGCAUUCGCAUGUGUGUGACAGAGUGCACCGUACUUGAACUUUCUGCAAAAACUGUUUUUCGUUCGAACGUGGUUUUGGACACAUGUGUGUUGCAUGCGAGGGGCGAUCGAUGCAUGUGGUCCUCGGUUGGAAGGUAGUUGUUGACCAGGCCAAUGCCCGCUGCAAAAUUGCCGCCACCAAAGUGUACCGAUCUGGUUCUCGUUCGUACGAUACCAUGUUGCAGGAUGCAAGCCUGUCAAGUUUCUCCUGCAAGGAUAGUUCCAGGCUGGCCAAAUGACUGUGUGCAUGGUUGGUGGCAAAGUCCGGGGAGGUCCUGUUGUACAACCCAAUGGUUAUUUACUAGGUGUUGUAUUGUCUCAAGUUGAGCUGCAUCAAGAGAGGCUUGGUUCCUAGCUUGAGGCCCAAUGUGCCGGGAGGGUACCGUGAUGUAUUGUGCCGGUGAUGGGUUAGGACGACAUGCGGUUAUGGACUGAAAACCGCAUAGGCCGUGUCGCAAUAAGCUUGGGUUCGUUGUCCUUCCUACUGUUGCCAGGUGAUUACCUUCAAACGCUAUCUCUCCUGUUAUCUUAUUGGCCCUUAGGCCUAGACGUCAUGACAUGCCAUGUCGGUUUCCCUCCACUCGUCGGUGUAUCUCCGAUGCUUUUUGCGUAACUGCCUAAACAGAGGUCACCUGUAAGCGCAGUACAUCUCCAAAAAUUAACCUACCGGUACAC